AUGUCCUCAUCUUUUCCCACAUUAAAAAUUCUUUAUGGUAGUGAAACAGGUAAUGCUCAGGAUGUUGCGGAAACGUUAUGGAAUGAUGCACGAUAUCGUAAUAUCCCAGCAGAAGUAUAUAAUUUUGGAGAUUAUAUGGUGCAGAAUUUGAACAACGAGCAUUGUGUGGUAUUUAUAGUCUCAACCAGUGGACAAGGUGAAAUGCCUGCUAGUAUGCGUCAUAACUGGAGAAUUUUGUGUUGUAAAACGUUACCUAAAAAUUUGUUACAAAAUGUUCACUUAGCUGUUCUUGGGCUUGGGAAGAAGCUAUACCGAAGGUUAAGCCAGUUGGGCCCAUCAUUUCUGAUGGAAUUAACUCUAGCCGACGACCAGCAUGAAUUGGGCGUCGAAGGGACGUACGAGCCUUUUCGGGAUGAAUUAUUCCAACAAGUCUGGAAAAUGGAUUUAUAUCCGGAUAUAAUUUUAUAUCCUGAUGAUAGCAAGUGUUUUCCAUCACGUUAUGAAGUCAGUUACGAUGAGAAUUCUUUACCAGUUCAAAGUGAUAGGAAAGAAAAUUCUUUCGCAGAAGCAACAGUCAUAAACAAUAAACGUUAUUCUCCUGGUGAUGUGAUAAUGGUACAUCCGAAGAACUUGAGCGAAACUCUUAGUAUAGCUUACAAAGCGUUGGAUAUUGAUAAUGAUUUGCUAGAUCGGCCUAUCACGUUACGCUCACGUGAACCUUGUAUCGCGCUGCCUCCUUCUUAUCUUUAUAAAGGUAUAUUGUCUUUACGGCAAUGUUUUGAAUGUUACUUUGAUUUGCAAAUGGUUCCACGGAGAUCUUUUUUUCGAACGCUUGGAAAGUUGUCUACAGUAAAUGAUGAGAAGGAACGAUUGCUUGAACUAGCGAAAUAUAUUGAUCAUUAUAUGGAUUAUUGUUGGAGGCCUAGGCGAACAAUCGCGGAGACAUUGCGAGACUUUUAUGCAACAGCUCGAAAUAUACCCGUUGAAAUGCUUUUCGAAGUUUUUCCUCCCAUUCGCCCUCGAGCAUUCAGUAUUGCUUCUUGUCCUCUGACACAUACAGCUAUUCAGUUACUCGUUGCUAAAGUUGAAUAUAGAUCGAAACGAAUGAAAACGACACGAUUAGGUUUAUGUAGUAACUAUUUAAGUCGAUUACAAGAGGGUAAUACUGUUCUGGUGAAGACUCGUCCAGGAACUUUUAGAUGGCCCACCAAAAACAACCCGUUGAUUUUGGUUGGGCCUGGUACUGGAGUCGCACCAUUCCGAUCAAUUUUAGCUUAUCGUAAAAGGGAUUUAUGCGAUGAGAAAGAAAGUUCGAUAUUAUUCUUUGGAUGCCGUGGAGCUCAAAAAGAUUUUUAUUUCGCUGAAGAAUGGCAUAUAUUGACCGGAGCUCGCAUCAUAACAGCAUUUAGUCGGGAUCAGCAAAAUAAAAUUUACGUGCAAAAUAAAAUUGAAGAGUAUGGUGAUGAAAUUUGGAACCUUUUAAAAAAUGAUAAUGGUUACCUUUUUAUAGCAGGAAGAGCUGGUGAUAUGCCACAUGAAGUAACAGCAUGUAUAGAGAAGAUUGUAGAUGAUAACGGUGAAAAUGGUAAACAAUUCGUACAAAUGCUUGAAGCAAAAGGCAGACUGCAAUAUGAAACAUGGAACUGAAGGGAAAAAAAAAAAU